GUGCAAGGUGUUGCAAUCAUCUCAUGCAUGUGGCUACCGUAUACGGCAUAGUACUGGUACUAGCUAGUUUUCCUUUCCUGAUAUCACUGAAGCUGAAGAGAGAAGGCGAGAGCUGCGAGGAACAGUUAUAGAAUCACUGUUUGUUGCACAGGUGGCUAUGAUAGUGGACUAUUCGUACACGACAGCCAAUAGCACAUACAUCUGCACUCGAGCCACAGCUUUCCAACCAUGCAAAAGCCAUCGGCAAAGAACAGAACUGCGUUGGCUCGUUGUGAUUGUCUCCGCAAGAAAAUUUUGACAGGGUGUUUUCUGUUUCUCCUGGCUUGUUCUGUCUCAAUGUCCUACCAUGUGUACCAUUUCUGGGGCCAGAUCCAAUGGAUGAUGCACCAAAAUGCCUCAAGGAAGUUGGAAGCGCCAGAAUACCGAAUUAGUGGCAGAAGCAGCAAUAAUACAAGCGAAAGCGGAAGCAGAGUUACAAGGAGAGCUACCAAUGCUGAAACACAAGCACGCACGGGAACCCAGCAAGAGGAUGGUGUAGAACUUCUCGCUGAAACAUUCUACAAGAUUCACUUGGAGCGCAUCAACGCCCUGAUCAAUGAAUCCACAGCAUUGGAUUGGGAUGCCAGAAGCAAGACUCCCUUUGGUCCUUUCAAAAACCAACUGGGAGAGGACCUAUAUGUGGUCCCUUGGAAUACGCCAGAAGAUUUCCAACCACAGCUUACUGCCAGUCGGUACAUUGUGUGGAGAGAUAUUUGCCAGGUUGCCAAAGCCUUCAACACACACCGGGACAACCCAACCAAUCCACCUCAUCCUCACGUGUUGAUUCUUCGCAUGAACGAAAAUUGGGGAGAGUUUUCAACUUUUAUUGAAAACAGAACCACGGACCACCCGGGAUCUACAAUGCUCACGGGGGAAAAGGCAUGGCAGAAAAAAGGAUGCACCAAGCAAGACAUUCUAAGAUACCUGGAUCACCCCGAUACUAGGGCAGCCAUCACAACCCAGUUCCAUCUGCUGGAUCAUCCCAAGGCACAUUCUCUCCCUUUGGGAGUCAAAUCAUGGAACCCUGAUCUCAAACGGUUGCUGGGGGAAUUGCGACGCAAUCAUCAUCCAUCACCCCCUCCCAACAAACACAAUCAGAGUGAUAGUACCUUGAGACCACUUUUUGGCAACAACUCCAUCAUCAGCACUACUACAAGACCCCAGCUACUCAUGGUCAAUAGUCAACCCCGCAAAAUGAGACAUGGAGUCCUGGCCACAGUGAUUCGAAACUUUAAUGGCACUGUGAAGAAUACCUAUGGGGAACGGUAUGGCAUGUACCUGGAAGAAAUGAGACGAUCCAAAUUCAUUUUGUCACCUUCCGGAAUAGGCCUGGAUUGCUACCGUCAUUGGGAGGCCAUUCACAUGGGAACCUUCCCUGUAAUAGAACACUUGAACCGUAACGAUGGUUGGUUCAGAACCCUGCAUGAUCUUCCCGUGGCUUGGGUUAAUCACUACGACAACCUGACCGAAGAGUUUCUAUUGGAACAGUACCCCAAGAUUCUGGCCAAGGCUCACACCUACAAGUAUGAGAAAUUGACACGACAAUGGUGGAUUCGAAUGAUCCAAUCCACAUUGCAGUAAAGGAGGAACCAUGGAGCCCUUUUGUGUCAACUUAUGAUGGUACCAAAGGCAUGCUAGCUAGAGGGCGGCGACAAGCAACAGUUUCAUCCCGAGAUCAGAGGGGCGCCCUCGCCUAUCUAUCUGUGCCACGAGCGAGUACAAGACAUCCUGGAAAACGCUUGGACUACAGCACUAUCAAAUUCUAAACACCUCGUGGCUACGUGCAUUAGGACUCACGGGUUCCCGAAAGCACUUGUUCAUUUCAAUGGCUAGCUAGCUAGCUACGGUACUAGCUAGAGUAUUAUUUGUGUUUGGCGGAUUAGGAUUGAAAAAGUAAGUGUGGGUUUGUGUUGUAGUAGUUUCGCUGUCCGUGGAUGUGGUGUCAUGUCAUGAUGUUUGCUACAAGAGGUGUUUGCAGUAGCCUGAGUGCUUGCUUGCUUGCUUGCUUGAUUGAUUGAGUGAUCUAUGUUCGUGUCUGCUGUGUAUUUCUGUUUUGGUUGCUUCUUCUUCCCCCACAAGGUGGCCCUCAGAUUUUUUUUGUUCUCUCUCUCUCUCUGCUGUAUAGUUUCUUCUCCCGUAUUUUUUCCUGUGUUCAUGUUUGGCUCGAAUCGAAUCCCUUUUUUUUCAGCUUGGUUGUCUCACGCAGAAUGUGGUGCAUUUCUUCCUGAAUUAAGUAACUAAGUGGCUACCACUGCCAUGGUUUCGUUGCGGGCUCUACGUUUGGUUUUGGUUGUCUUUUUACGUUUGGUAGUUUUGGUGGCUGGUACCGUCUUUUGUGCCUGUGGUACCGUUUGUGCAUACGCCAUGGAUUCCACUUGCAAUUGCAAAGAUUCAAUGUGUCGUUUUUGGGCUUCGACCAUGCGUUGCCAUUCCAUGCGUUCCGCGUCUCUCUCUUGUGUCAGAGUGUCGAGUUGGUAGUGAAGAUCUUGCGAGACGUAUUGCUCCGUCUUGUGAAGGUUGCGAACAUUGACAAUUUCAUUUUGCAAAAUAGUGACUUCUCGCACAAGUCGGUCCUGUUCUUGGAGGAGAUCUUCUUCGUGUUCGCGCGACAUGGCCAAUUGGAGUUCCAGUGCCUGUUGGUGUUGUGUAUGAUCUGGUUGUGAAGGUGAAGGUGGUGGAUUGGUUUCCCUUUGUUGAAGCAAGGUCGUCAUGACGGAUAUUUUGUGUGCCAGUUGCGUUCGUUCCAACAUCCAUUCGUUGCGGCUUUCCGUGGCUCGACGUUCUUCUCGCUUGAGUUGACUGGUGAGGGUGGAUACCUUGCGUUCCAGCUGGAGUACUACUUGGUCGUUGUCUUCAGUCUCAUGAAUAGUGGUUCUCGUGAGGGUUCUCCUCGUGGCAGCCGUGGGACAAUGAUGAUGAUGAAAAAAGGGUGGUCGACUACUGGAAGCGAGGAAACCACCCACGGGGACAUCCAUCCAGACUAGGGCCACCAAUAACAGCAGGAGGCCGGAAAGCCAUCCAUUGGCAGUUGACAGAUUCAACAU